AUGCAGAAAUCCUGCAGUCCAUCGACUUUAAACAGUCUGCGGACUGCCGUGCGAUCGAAAAGAGGGAUUGAAAAUGUACCUUUGAGCCGGAAGUUAUCUGAUGUCACUAUUACAAGGACCGGAAAGCCCAUUAUUCGUACACAGGGUGGCAGAUCAUCUCUCGGAGGGCAUACCGCAACUGUUUUCGGUGCGACUGGAUUCCUCGGACGUUAUAUUGUAAACAGGCUUGCAAGGCAAGGAUGCACAGUUAUUAUCCCUUUCCGGGAGGAAAUGGCCAAACGCCAUUUAAAGGUUACCGGUGAUUUGGGUAAAAUUAUAUUUAUGGAAUACGAUCUGAGAAACACACAAUCGCUGGAGGAAAGUGUUAGACACUCUGAUGUGGUCUACAACCUUAUUGGGCGCAAUUAUCCCACCAAGAACUUCGAUCUCGAGGAUGUACACGUCGAAGGAGCGGAGCGAAUCGCAGAUGCUGUUGCCAAAUACGAUGUGGACAGAUUCAUUCACGUUUCUUCCCACAAUGCGGACCUUAAUUCACCCUCUGAAUUCUACAGAACGAAGGCAAGAGGUGAGGCAGUUGUACGCAGUAUAUUUCCAGAGACUACAAUUGUGAGACCUGCCCCUUUGUUUGGUUUCGAGGAUCGCCUUCUCCACAAGCUUGCCGGAUUUACCAACGUCAUCACAUCUAAUAAUAUGCAAGAGCGCUACUGGCCAGUUCAUGCACCUGAUGUAGGCCAAGCACUUGAGAAAAUGCUUCAAGAUGACAGCACUGCGUCACAAACAUAUGAGCUUUAUGGGCCCAAAAACUACUCAACGGCAGAAAUUUCAACCUUGGUUGAAAGAGAAAUCAACAGUCAUCGCCGACACAUUAACAUACGAAAGUCCAUCCUCAAGCCAUUCGCCCAAGUUUUGAACAAAGCUCUUUGGUGGCCUGUCCUCUCCGCCGAUGAGGUCGAGCGAGAAUUUAUUAACCAAAAGGUCGAUCCUUCCGCAAAGACAUUCAAGGAUCUUGGAAUCGAGCCAGCAGAGCUCAGUAGUCUUACUUUUCAUUACCUGUUGGGUUAUCGAAGUGCGGCAUUUUACGAUUUGCCACCAUCAACAGAGCGCGAGAAGAGGGAAGAGAAGAAAUAUCUGCAUGUUCUUGAUGACCAGUAG